CCGGCGAAACGUCAUACCCGGAAGCGAGUUGUUAGUGCAAUGUUUUCAUGGGUAGCUCUGUUCUCAGUGGAAAUGACUGAUGUUUUUUAGAUGUACGUUCCUGCCUAUUGGGCUGUGAAAUGCGUUUGUUAUCCACACUGAGAGUAGAAGCACAGCAGAGGGAUUUCUGCUGCAGGAAACCGCAGCUGCUGCCCUUCUGCACCGUAUCCACAGGUAACGUCGGAACAGAGACACAUUCGUGUAUUUGGUGACAGACGGUCUUCGUCUAAGCCGCAGCUUUGUUCUUGAGGUGGAAUAUCUGCAUUACAGCGUCGGAUAUUUGCAUGAGAGGUCACAUUCUCCUCGUUUUGGUAUACUUUUAUUAAAAGGGCAGAAGAAGCGAAUGUGGACUCUUGCACCGAGCUAAGGGGAUAGCUGACAGCAUGGCCGCGAUGCUGGCAUUUGGAGCCAGAGGACUCCUGGUCAACCUGAGGUCCACUCUGCAAAGAGCGGGCUGCUAUGCCAGAUGCAGGCUCGUGCAUAACCAGCGGACACGUUUGAUCAAAAGAGGACAGAUUCUUACUCACAUACCCAAGGUCGCGCUGCUGUGUUGGGGUGCUGUCAGUGCUUCAUCCUUUGCAGCCAAGUGCCAGGAAGCAACUCUUCCACCUAAGGCAGCAGACAGGAAGUCCCUUGCAAAAGUCCAAGUCCACAAAGUGGUAUUCUUCCUUCGUCUCAGCCUUCGUGCUUUGGUGCUUCUCUGCAAGUUUGGUCCCCUUCUUCUCCUUUACCCCUUAGCCCUGAUGUCCACCCACUGUGCGUCUUACUGGCUGAAGGCCCUACUGUGGGUGACCGAGACCUCGGGUCCCACUUUCAUCAAGCUGGGACAGUGGGCCAGCACCAGGCGGGACAUCUUCUCUCGAGAGUUUUGCGAAUGCUUCUCCAGGCUCCACGUCAAGGUGUACAGAGGCUGGGCCAGGGUCGGUCAGGUGGAGGACCCGUCUUUCCAGUCGAUUGUAGAAGAGAUGGAGAGAAAAGACCUGCUGGAAGCCUGGGAGAUCCCCGGCCUCGGCGGUGUGGGUGGCGUUCUGCAGCAGGCUGGGGAGAGCAGCAACGAGAAGGAGCGCCUGAUACCUGUGGCAAUCAAGGUGGUCCAUCCAGGCGUCAGGAGGCAGGUAGAGAUAGACUUGCUGCUGAUGAAAGCAGGCGGCUGGCUCCUGCACUGCCUGCCCGGACUCAAGUGGCUCAGUCUGUGUGAAGUCGUCGAGGAGUUUGAGAAGCUAAUGACCAAACAGAUCGAUCUCCGCUUCGAGGCCAGAAACAUCGAGCGUUUCCAAGAAAACUUCCGAGACGUGGAGAGCAUCAGGUUUCCGACUCCGCUGCGGCCGUUUGUCACCAGGAACAUUUUAGUGGAAACCUUUGAAGAGAGUGAGCCCAUUUCGAACUACCUGAGCUCUGAGAUUCCUCAGGAGGUGAAGCAGAGAAUAGCCAGAAUGGGAGUUGACACCCUGCUGAAAAUGGUGUUUGUGGACAACUUUGUCCACGGGGAUCUGCAUCCCGGCAACAUUCUGGUCCAAUAUCCGAAGUCUCUCGCUGGUUCCAGCGACGCAGUUGGCGCCACGGGGGACCACCUCGGAAAGACCACCCUCACGGACUUGUUGGACACGGUGGUGGUCAGCGUCAGACCGGGCCCGUGUCCUCUGCAGCUGGUGCUGCUGGACGCCGGCAUCGUGGCUCAGCUCAGCGACCACGACCUCGCCAACUUCAAGGCCGUCUUCACGGCGGUGGUGCUGCGCAAGGGCGACAGGGUGGCGGAGUUGAUUUUGCACCAUGCCCGAGCCAACGAGUGCAAAGAUGUGGCGCUUUUUAAGAAGGAGAUGGCCGAGUUGGUGGAUCAUGCCGUCAGCAACACCCUCUCUCUGGGAAAGAUUCGAGUAGCUGAUUUGCUCUCUAAGGUGUUUGGCUUACUCAUCAAGCACAAGGUGAAGCUGGAGAGUAACUUUGCGUCCAUUGUGUUUGCCAUCAUGGUGCUGGAGGGGCUGGGAAGGUCGCUCGAUCCCGACCUGGACAUCCUGGAUUUGGCCAAACCCCUGCUGCUGAAGAACUGCGCGUCGCUGCUCUGACGCGCACGCACUCCCCGUCAGCAGACGCACAAGACAGGCAGCUGUGCAGUUAGUAGGUGAAUUUGCAGGUACUAUGUUUCUACAAUACAUCCUCUUAGUACCGUUUCAGUGGGUUUUCUUCAGAAUUGCAAUGCAACGUUCCCCGGUAGAUCCCGAGAUCAUUUCAUUAUAUUCCAGCAGAGUCCAGGACGUCAAUGCCUCACGGUGGUGUCUUUUAUUUUUUUAGUGGCUGCAACAACUUUGAUUCCUUUUGUUUACGCUUUGUCUCCUGCAGUCUGUAUUAAGUGGGAGCUUUUCAUACAUCGACAUGAACUUUAAAAGCACACUCACUGAUGAGAGUUGAUACAUUUUACAGAAAUAGUUUACUAAUCAGUGAGUCAGACGCAUGAUGUAAUCAGAGGGCAUUUCAGUAACUAUGUAAGAUGAAAUGACAGAAUCCUAAAAGAAACCCAAACUGCUUCUCGGUUACCUGGUUUUCUUUUUAAUUGGUGCCUUGCUAAAGUAUUCCUGUCCCUUAAAACACUUCUUUCCCCCCAUGUUAAAACCACAGACCUUUUUGUAUUUAUUUGGAAUUUCGUUAUACCAACCCAACCGAGCGCAGAAUAGUGACCUACAAUCACAAGAUUGAUGUUUUGUUUUGCUUUAAAACGCCCAAAAUGUGAAAGUGUGGUGUGGAUUUGUGUUCAGUCCUCUUGAGGGAACAUCUUGAGACAAAUGUUUUCCAAUUCUGUGUGACGUAGCAAUCAAAAUGAACGAAUGAGCAUUGUUUUCAAGUUUCAAAUACAGAAAGGCUUUUUUUUUUUUUUAAAUUCUGUUGACAUUUAUGCACUACUGUAUAUUUGUUGUGGCUGAAAGGGUAUGAAUACUUUUGAAGGCACUGUGUAGAUGUCUUUCAUCCCUGGAGUGUUUAUCUUCUUUUAAUAUUUUAUGGAUUUUAUUUUAGUGUUGAUCACAAAACUGUAAAAUAUGUACUGAUAAUGUAUUUUAAUUGCCUGUUAUAAGACAUACUCUCUUCCAACAUUCAUGCCAUUAAAAUGUAAUACAAUCUAAUUUUGAUUCUUUUCCUACUUUUGCCUGUGUGGCCUCUAACCGCGACGACGAACUCCAAACCAAAACAGACGACUACCUUCAAAACAAAAAAAUCCAUUAAUCUACAAUUUAUUAAAUCUGUCAAUGAAAAACAGACAAAACUCAAUUCUGUCGAUGUCAUCAGGAAGAACAGUCAGCAUGGCUGAGCGAUGAAGAUCGAGAGGAUUCGGUGCAAAAAAUUGGGGCGGAGGGGUAAAUGGGGAGG